AGCACCCGGAGCGCGCUGGCCUCCGGAGAAGGGCGCUCAGCGCGCAGCCGGGAGCCUGCAGCCGGCCGGCCGUCGUCUGCCCUCGUGCCCUGGGCGGCUGCAGGGUUCCUGGAGAGCGCGCCCAGCCAUGGAGCCUUUGCACAAAGACGCCGAGACGGCGGCGGCGGCGGCGGCUGUGGCAGCGGCGGAUCCCCGGGGGGCAUCGUCGUCCAGCGGGGUGGUCGUGCAGGUUCGCGAGAAGAAGGGGCCUCUGCGCGCCGCCAUCCCCUACAUGCCCUUCCCGGUGGCUGUCAUCUGUCUCUUCCUCAAUACUUUCGUGCCGGGAUUGGGUACCUUCGUCUCAGCCUUCACUGUGCUGUGUGGGGCGCGCACUGACCUCCCGGACAGGCACGUGUGCUGCGUCUUCUGGCUGAACAUUGCUGCGGCCCUCAUUCAGGUGCUCACGGCCAUCGUCAUGGUGGGCUGGAUCAUGAGCAUCUUCUGGGGCAUGGACAUGGUCAUCCUUGCCAGGUACAAGGAUCAGGGUAUCCCACAACAGCUGUGAGCCUACAAGACCUGCGGGGGAAGUCCAGGGUCCUGUGAGGGCCACGCCAGGUGGCUCCGGGCACAAGGACCUUCACAUAUUCUCUUCUGCCAUUUCUCAGAUUGGGGUAGAAUGGGAGUACUUACAAAAUAUUAUUUAUUUUGGAAAACACACCUGCUUUUCUUAGCAGGCUCCGAGGCCAACUUCUCUCCGUGCUCCAGAGCGCACGGGAGGAACAGGCCCAGAGCAUCAGGACUGGGCUAGAGGCGGGAUACUGACCCAGUGCCAAGGAUGCUGGGCAUGUUUAUCCAACUACACAGUGAACAGGCACCCGGACCUGUCAGGCUGGGCUGCUGGAGGUCCCGUGCAGGUGAUCAGUCACUUUCCCAGGUGUCAGGACUCCAUGGAAUACUUGCUCUGGGUCCUCAUGCUCUGCUCAACCACGUGGUUCCCUGUAUCUGCUCUGUCUCCCAGAGGCAGUAUCAGGGUGGGGGUUGCCAGUGUAGAAAGGCCAGGUAAUAGCCCCGUGUUUAAAAAAUUCAUGGGUCCCCCCCCAGGAGCCUGGUGAUUCAUUCAAGUUGGUGGGUGUGCGCGUGACCUUUGUGAUCUGAUGGGGGGCGUGGCAUCCACUCCACUUCUGGGAUGUUUGUAUGCAAAAUGACAAGACUGAGUUAUGAAAGGCUGCAGACCAGCAGCCUUCUUGGAUAGAUUUACUAUGGUCUCUGGCCCCCUCUCCUUUUUUCCCCUGACAUCCGUGUGUUUCUGAAUCCAGAUGGUUUGUUUUGAGGAAGAUGAUGGAAUCCAUUCAUUACUGUUUCCUGAUACCCCAGCUGAGUCUGGGUUUCCCACCUACCGCAAGCACGUGGAUACCACUAGAGAACCCUGAGAACAGUCAGAUGUGUUGGGACUCACAAAAUGUAAAUAGCGUUCCCCGAACAAGCCCUAGGGGACCUUGGAGACUGGACUGCGUGUGAACCAUGAGACCUGCAGAGUGACAUCAUGAGGUCGGGGACUUUGACCUGAAACUCAUACGUGCUGCAAGAAGACGCACCGUGAGGCUGAGGCUGUCAGUGUGGCAUGCGCCCCUUUAAGCAGCAAACCUGGGACUGAUCAGUCAGUACAGAGCUAGAUCCUUACGAGGCAGAGAAAACAGGAAGGCACGGAUCUGAAAUGAAGAGAAAGGCGACCCAAACUGAUGGUGAUGGGGUGGUGAUUUACAUCUCUCGCCAUUCUCAUUCUAACGUAGGAAGCACUAACUUGUGGGACAGGCCCAGGGCUCAGUUCCCAGUCAUCAGUGGGUCCCUCCUAGAGAAUCUUUCAUCAUCGGCUUGAAUGUCCGUCACAGCAUGGCUGGGGCUAAAGAAGAGCUGUCCACUUUCCACCGUGGAGGAUGGAGGGUCUUGAAAAGCAGCUCCUGCUGCACUGGGUCCCAGCCUCCAGCCAGUCUUCUCAGCUGCAGUCCUUGGACGCCGGCCCCCAACUAGACAACACGAAGAGAUGGAGUCCCGGGAAGUACUCAUUUCUGGCCCUGACUCUGGGCUGGCUUGCCAGUCCUACCCUGUGUCUACCCAUUAGUUUCUUCCAUGGCGGUGUGGGAUGGAGCUGUACCUUUUGAACGCCUGCUGGGGGCCUGUUUCUUCCUGUGUUUCUUUCUGUUGCUUCUGUUUGUUUGCCCGCCCCCCCCCCUACCCCCGCCUUGGGGUACGGCCCGGGCUUGGUUCUCUACACAGCAGAUCACUGCUCUCCAGGAGGCUACCUCAGGUAGCAAAGCUGUACCAGAACGGGGAAUGAUGGGUCAGUGUGUCCUCCCAUGCUGCCAGCCCACAGCCCUUCAUCCCACAUAGUCAGCGAUGACAGCGAGAGUGGCCCCCACAGCGAGGGUGAAGUCUAUUUCCCUGGCUUGGGCUGGGGGUGGCUACUGGGGGAGUUGAAAGGAGAUAGCAAUUUGCUUGUGACAUGAGCCAGACUCGAGUGGGACUUUGCUGAGUGACAAGUGUCACCAUGAGUUCCAGUGUGGGAUGGCUUAAUACAGGGGUUUGUGAGCUUGGAAAGCUGUCUCCCUAGUGCCCCCUCACUCCAGGUGGCUGAUGUGGGGAGACUUUAGGAGCCCCCAGAAUAGUGAGUCUAUUUUAGCUUUGGGCAGCAGCCGCUAGGCAAGGCCUGAUUAGCACACUCAUUCUCAGCUGAUGGACAGUGGCUAAUUCACGCCACAUAAUCCAAGCAGGCCAUUGGAUCUAGGUGACCAGAGUUCAUUCACUAAACACCAGCUAUCUAGAAAGCAGGACCAUGGACCCAGAAGUGCUUAGUGACUCCAGGGCUCCUCAGUGACAAAGCUAUCUGAUUGGCACAGCUCAGGGCUGUUGUCCCAACCUUGGGAAAGAAUUCAAAAGACCAUUCCCUGGCUAUGAGUGCCAGGGGCAGACAUCACAGGCACACAGAGAACAUCCACAAAGACUGUGACACUGCCAGGACCUAAUGUGGCAUCGAAAUCAGAGUGGCCAUUCCUUCCACCAAACUGGAACCCUGGAGCAAGAGUAGGACCAGGUAGCCCCAGUGUGUCCUUAGCUCCAUUUCUGUUGCUGUGGCAAAAUAUCCUGACCAAAAAAAAAAAAAAAAAAAAAAAAAAAAAAAAAAAAGGCAACAUGCAACAGGAAAGAGGAAAGCUGGGUGUUUUAGCUUCUAAUCCAGGUUCUAUAUAGGCCAUCAUAGGGGAGGAGCCAUCAUGGCAGGAAACGGAAGUCACCACAUCCACAGUCAACAGCAGAGAGAAACAAAUGUAUCCAUGCUGCGCCCCCCUCGCCUCUCCUAGUUUCAUGUACACCUAUAAAGUCCAAGACCCAGCCCACCAACUGGUGCCACUCACAUUCAGGGUGGACCACCUCACUUCCAUUAAUAAAUAAGAAAAUCCUCCACAGAGGAGCUCACAGGCCAAUCUGAUCUGAAUAAUUCCUCUUUAAGACUUCCCCAGUGAUUCUAGGUUUUGUUAAGCUAAAACUAUUCAACAGUGUGUAGUCUUAAGUAUAUCGUGGGGACCGCUGAGGACCCCAAACUGUGGCCAGGAAGCUGCUACUGCCAAAUCUGCUUCCCUUACCUGGAUCAAGUCUCCUCCGGUCCCCCGGAGAGAAGCAAAGGAAGCGCCCUAGGUCUGCUCCCUGCCUCUGUACCCCCACCUGUGUCCAGCCCCCGCCCUGCCCCCACAGGGGCGUGGCCCAGGUGCUGCUCAGCUCAGUUCUUCUCCUGUUCUUCUGUGAGCAACCUGUGGGGAUUUUUUGUUAAGCUUUUCCAAGGAGACCAGAGGCUUCUCCGGGAGACACAUAUCUCUCAGAAGUCACAGGGAGGGCAUAAUGAACUUCCUCAGAAGGAUGAGAGCAGUGAACUCAUCCGCCCUCAAAGCCAUGGCCUCUGGCUCCUGCAGGUCCCUGACGGAGGGUGGGUGGAAGCAGAGGGAGACAGAGCUGGUGCUCAGAGCUGCCAGGCUCACGGGAUCCAGUCUUCCUUCACAGGAUCGAGACUGCACCGUAAAAUCACGGGGUGUAGGACGCUGGGGUUGAGGAGCGGCGGGGAGAAUUCAGCUAUAGAGACAGGAAGUCAAACAAACAAACAACAACAAACAAAAGUUGACAGGAAGUAAAUGAACCACAUGGUUAGCAUGUCCCGCGGGUGGAAAAGGGUCAAGAUGUGCAAAGAAAAGCCUUCCACACAUCAAACACCCGGUCUAAGGCCAGCAUACAGUGGGCUGAAACCCCAAGACCAGAAAAAUACCCCCAAAGGCCCACGGAUCCUGAAGCAGGAAAGUGAGGUUGAAUGAAUGUUCCCUUGACCUUAAGAUUCAAAAUGCCAAGGCCUUAGCGAUGGUGAAUGACCUACUUGAAGAGACCUGGGGCCAAAGGAAGGCAGUGGGCGCUCUGUUAGUGAGAAUGGCUCCCAGCAGGUCUUUCUCACACCCUCUGGAUCCUGUUCAAGCCCCGCUGUGGGCAGCAGAGGCACUCCUAACCUCGUUAGUCAGAGUUUCCAGAGGCUAGACUCUGAGAGGGCUUGGGUUUAGAAAAACUAAGUGGCCACUACAUCUCCUACUCCCGGGCAGAAGUGCGCGCGAUACAGAGCAAGGUUUCCCCCUAGUGGAAGCAGGGAGCUAGGACACCAUCUGCCAGCCUAGGGGUGGGGUUCGCUCUGGCGCUGAGAGGGAGGUCUGCGGUUAGCAAGAGUUCCUUCAGUGCUAAAGUGCUCAGGUCCUGAGCUCAGAAGAAAAAUGCUCUCCGGGUCACAUCUCUACAGUAUCCAGCCUCCCCCGGUGACAGCAAGCUCGGGGAAACCUUUUCUUCAACGAGCAGGAGCUCCGUCUCCUUCCAGAGAGUUCUGUGCCCAGGUGGUAGGGGAUCUUGGACAGUGGUAUUGUGAAGAGGUCGUCUAAGCGGUGGGCGAGAGGUUCAGAGUCUAUCUUCUUCAUCUUUCUUCCUGCUAGCUUUUGAGAGCUUCUGAAUGUUCAGAGAGGCAGUGCAUGCUUCCACUCAGAGCAUGACACAGCCUCGAUCCCAUGAUGGACCGGGACAGAAUUAAUUCCCCACCAGAGUGGUCGUGAGUACCCUACACGUGCCCGGGUGACUAUCGUCUUGUUUCAGCAACACUCCUUCAGCCGCUUGCCCUCCAUUUAACCAUCUACAACAUAGAAAUAAAGCUAGUCUGUCAUUUCCCCCAGUCCUGCCAACGCCAAGGGUCUAGAGAGUCCAGGCCCACUCAGGCAGGGGAGGUAUGUUGACAGCAUGACUUCCAAGGCUGGCAUCCCCCAAACCCAGACUCUUCUUGGUAAAAAACAAACACUAGUCCAGUAUGCCACAAUCCUCCGCGGGAGACUAAAGAAAUAAUUCCACCAAAGUUGACUCUUGGUAAGUUAUGUCACUGUAAAGACCCACCCCAGCGUAGUGACAACUCAAGAAAGCCUCACUCCGGUCAGUCACCCAUCCUCAACUCCGUCCAAUGUGCACACCGGUUGCCCUCUCUCCCGGGGUCUGUGGGAUCAGAAUCCCCACUGCACCUCCCUAUCCAGAUCUACUGCAACCCCACCUGCUCCCCGGGCUCCAGACUGGUCUGCUGUGGAGGAGGGAGGAGGGAGCAGUGACCUCUUCCUGAAACUUUUCUGUGACUCUGGCAGGAUUUUUAUUUCUGAAUUUGUUCACUGCCUGCCCCAGGCCAGGAGCCAGCAAGAAGUAGCUGAGGAGGGAAGUUUUAGGCAGAGACAGCCGAUGUUGGGCUUGUGAGAAUUCCGCGGGCUCCUGUGGAGUUGUAGCAGGCCUGCACCGGGAGCUCUUUUGUUUUGGAAAACUUUUGUUUUGGCUGCAUCACUGAAUUAUGAGCAGGCGGCGUCGUGUUGUGAAUUACUGUUUUGGUGUUGCCAUUGGCUUGUCUCUGUUAAAUUAACUGCUGUACAUUUUCAUGUUCUCUGACGAUGUCCAGGGCUUUCUUUUCUCUCUCCUACUCACGGGGACCCCACAUGCCCUAGUCCAGCCACGGGCGGGGCAAGGGUGGGGUAAUGCCAGUCCAUUCCAAAGAUUGCAAGUGUUCUUGGAGUCUACUAGGACUAUCUCAGCCCUAGGGGAGAUUCUAGACUUUCCUGGCUGAAACUGAAGCAUGAGACCCAGGUUUGACUUUUAUUUAACUUUCCCAGUGUCCUCUGGCUUGAGCCCCAGCCUUGGCUCCGGUCCACAGGGCCCCGCAGGGUCCACAGAACCCCCGCCACCCGCAGGGUCCACAGGGCCCCGCAGGAGCAGAGCAGGGCUCCCGCUUCUCCAGCUUUCUGCCAGCUUUGAGGUCUUUCCUUCCAGCAAUGCUACUGUACGUGUGGUGAGACACGCCACCCACAACAAAGCCCGUGUACAUACCUCCGUGUACAUACGUGUACAUACUCACGUGCCCCUGUUAUAAAGAUAACACAGCAUGACAUUUCUUUGGCAUUCCAUUUUUUUUUAACCCUUGGAAAUAUGGUUUUGGCAUUCUUUUCUUCUUCUUUUCUCUCUUUUCUAUUUAAAUAAACACCCAUGUGACCUUCCUGGUGACUUCUUGAAUUCCUGUGUCUUCCAUUUCUGUACUGAGACGGAUCUCCAGCUGCUCUGAAUGCUUUCAUCUCUCUCUCCCUACAACCUCACCUGCUGGUCUUUCCAUUCGGAAGGCCACAUUCCCCUUUCCUUGGGGACUGAUCCAAAGUUCUCUCUGCUCACCGGGUACAGUAUAAAUCCUGUAACCAAGGGUUUAUACUCUGAAGGAAGCACC